AGAACUUCCAUUUUUGGACGCAUGACAGUGGCCAAUUUCUGCCAGGUUCGAGCAGAAACAAGUUCCAUGAUACACUACAGUGAUUCAUUCAGUGAUGUCUUCGAUCUUGCCACCGGCUUCAUGCCCUCCCGCCCAAUGUGAAGCAACUAUCGGACCGCAUGGUGGGGCAGUUGUUUGUCCUCGAGAUGGAUCAUGGUUCGAACAGGACCCCACUGCCAACGUCCAUCCUCGACUCCGUCACACCAAGAGGAAUGCCUGAGCUCACGCGGAUGGCUCCGUCCCCAUAUCGCCGGCGCCGUCAACUACCGUUGCCCUGCCCUGCCGGGAAGGUGCCAGUUCAGAUGACACUGGUGAGCUGGACGUCGAUCUGAGGCGCAACAACCGUUAACGUGGGGUUGCCGCGAAGCGAUUGCGAAUCUCGCGCUUGUUCCUCUUCUUACGCAACCGAUCACAGGAUACAGCCGCUCUCAGACGCCUCAAGCAGGCUUCUUCAUUCGCCUUUCCAGUCCCUACGACUCCUUCAUGCACCAGCCCACCAAUCUGCUGUUUAGUUACAGCAUCGCAAAGUCGAGAGGUCCGUGCGAGCCAUCAAGUAUCGGCCUAGCCCGUCACCCUGACCAGCGCGAUGUUACAAUCUUCACAAUCUCACCGUGUAUGCCCACUCAUAGAGAGGCCCUGAAGAAUCGUGUCGAGCAGAAAACCGACAUAUCCACGGGCUGGAUGUCAUGUUGCCUCCCGCUCUCAAGCUGGGCCAACUACUGGGUAGGCACUGGGUUAUGAAGAGGGGUUCUAUCGCGUUCCCGUCCCCGAUGACCUCCCAAGCCUCUGAUUGCGGGGUUGUUGAGGAGAAGGGAUGACACCAGGUUCCGCAUCCAUCUUCAACAAGACUGCCGAUUCAACCUCUCCGGUAUCGAUCCGCAACAGCCGGACACUGAAGACGGGAGCUCCUCUUCUGAAACCAGCAGGUCGGCAUGAACGUCAACUGCAAAGCUCAACUAUCCAUGAAACUUUCAGGACAUUCUACGGUCACUGCUUCUUCUGGCUCUGCCCUUUCUUUCUUUAUUUUAUUCCGUCUCUUCAGAGCACGGAAGGUUUGCGUCGACACUGAUGCCGUGCUGGCUAUUCCGCACAUGCUGCACUCUCAGAUGCUGCACCCCAGCUCUACCAACGUCCCUUCAUUUAGCCAUGGGUCACCCAUUGGUCUGCUGGAAGAUAUCUGUGGAGGAGUAGUUCAUAGCGGCGGCCAGAUAUGGACAGGCACGUCCAGUCUUGGGUUGCGGCGAGAUGCGUGGGUGGUGGGGCUGCGGUGGAAGCCCCCUGUCUUCCUAGCAGGGAUGCUCGGUCGGCCCUGAACUGGUCUAAGCGGUUUCAUCACUCUGUGCCUCUUUGCAGCAGCUUUUUCUCUUCUUCUGGGCUUGUCUCAUCAUGUAUCUCGACGGCGGCUUUUCCGCUUUGAGCUGUCAAGCCAGGGUCCUGGGUACCCGACUGCUCGCCUCGGACGCUGUUGUGCGUUGUGUACCCCCCAAUUCUCAACAGCUCGGAUAGCUACCGGGGCGCGACAACAACGAUGGCUUGUCUCAGGCCCCUUUACCCCGGUGCCUCUCUCGUGUCCAGGCCGCAGAGGUACCUCUGGGAGAAAUCACCAAAGAUGUCGAGGCAAGGGGUCCUCACUGGCAGGUCUUGUCCUGGCAGCUUUCUGUACUGUGCACCCCCACCGCAAAGACAUAGGGUUGCCAUGUGCCAACCCUCAUCUCCAUGCACUGCGCUCUGCCUGUCUUUCCCUGUCAUAUACGAUUCAACUCUUUGCCCCUGGUGAGCAGGGCCUGGGGUUUGUUAUCCACUUUGGGGGGCCUGUCCGGUCUCGAAUUUCUAUCAGACUCUUAAGAACUCGGGGGCGUCCUGGUUGGAGAAAACAAGUGCAUACAUACCGUCAACUCCUCCAGCCUAUCAACCGGUCGACAGACACGGGAAGCUUAGAACAUUUCCUGACCCUUAACUGCACCACAUCCUCCGGGCCAGUGCGACUAUAUACCUCUUACACAGAUUCGGCUUUGCGUUCACACCACACCAAUGGCUCACAUUGCCAACUGCUUGGGCGGUUCUGGUUCCGACUCGGACGACCUUCCACUUAGCCUCAACACUAUAUCAAAAGCAGUCACCCCGCAAGCUUCCCAUGAUUCGGUAUGCAACCACUUUAACCCCCAAACAUAAUUCCGUCCCUUGUCGUGGCAUUGGCUGUGAGCUUACACGUCGAGACACAGCUAAACACUACCUCAUCUGGUGAGAUUAAACCAUUUGCGUGGAGAAUGCAGCAGACGACAGAAAGGAAAUACCAGCUCUUCCCUAAAGAGAGGCAAGUAGCUACUUGCCCUGGGAAGGCUCUGGACCCCGAGCAAGCGUUUGCGUUGGCCAUGUUACAAAACGGAGAGAAGGGCGAAAAAGCUCCUGCCGCGGCAGGGCUCAGGAUACGGAUCAAGGAACACAACCUCAUCCGCAGACGAAAGGUUAGCGUCCCGGAUUUGGGACCUAUGACAACCGUACAAGAAGUGGCCAUGGAUUCCCCCACAAUUCCAGGCCGACCACCUUUCCAUGAGCGUUCGAUUAGCGCACCGGGAGCAUCGUGGAAGCAGAAUCAGAUGGUCGACUUCCUGUCACCAACGUUGGAGCAAUCUCCGGAACAAAAACACGAACUUCGAGGUGGAUUUAGGAGCCACGGAGAACUCCGGCAACCAUUAUCGCCAAAAAGUCUCACGCCUCUGGUUAUUCCAGCUUCAACAUCAGCAGUUCCUCGUUUGACACAACAGGCCUCACUCAAUCGGCUUCGAUCGGGCAGCACACCUGUGGACAUGCCACUACGGUCGGCGAGGACGGAUGAUUCCCCAAGAAUGAAGACUCCCUUCACCCCCUGUUCAGCUGCCUUAACACCUGCAUCGGCCGCCACUACCGCCAUGACCAACUCGACGCUCCCCACACCUGUAUCCGCUCCCAUGUCCGCUCCCAUCGAGCAUCGAUCAUCACCCAGACCAUGGGAACGUGUUACGAACUAUGCGCUUGUCGGGAACCCCAAAGAAGGCUCACCGGAUCCCUCGGCCACGCCAAAGGCUGAACCCAAUGACGAAACACCACAAGUUUCCCAAGGCCACACGAGAAAUGUGUCGGAUACAGGAAGUAUCAUGGAGAGAGGUCGGCCGCGGAAGCGGUCGGAUCUCACCCUUCGCGCUAUGUCGCGGCGAGGAGAAUCCAAGAGAAGCUCCAGUGCGGAGCGACGAGCAUUUGAGCAACUGCCCAAAGGGUGGAAGGCAAGUGAUGCGGUCAAUAUGCUUAGCCCUGCUGAGGCAGCUGCUUUACACAAGCAAGCUCUUCAGCAGGCGGCUAGGUUUGAGGUAUUAAGAAAAGAUGACGUCGACAAUCUCUCUAGAGAACUUCGUCAGCUUGAUGAGCGCACUGAAUACCUUCGCCGUACCUACACCUCGCUUCGUGCUGGACGACGCAACCUACACACUCGGAUCUGCCAAUAUCUGCGAUCACCCCGGACGGCCAAGUUCAGUCACGACUCGAUGCUGAAGCAAGAGGAAGCCCUUGCUGAACUUGACGCUUCGAUUGAUGACUGGGUUACCAAACUCGAACACGCUGAGAACCGGCGCAUGCGGGUCCGCCAGAAGCUUCUGGAGCACGUCGCCGCCGCAGCCACCCUGGCCGUUCCACCCACGGGCGUUGCUAGUGUGAGCGAGUCUCUGCAGCUCGCUAUGGGAGUUCGCCCCCUGAACUGCCCGACCAGCAUGUCAACUCCUCCACGAAGCCCCACGAAGACUGCCUUCACACAAACCUCGCCUUCCUCUUCGCCUUCCUCCUCUCCUCAGCGAGUGGUAGCUCAAGUUCCUUCAACCAUCAUGGAGGAUCCCUUGACCGAGGAGACUGCGGCGGCCAAAGAGAAGACUGGGGGUUCUGUCACGACCCUGAAAAGGGCGGAGACGAUUCGCAUCUACGCUGACAAUGACGUGUAUGCCCUCCUUGCCGACGUUGAGCAAACGAUUAGCAACAUGGGUGGGACAGAGGCCGUGGCGAAGGAGGAGCCUGCAGUGUCCGUGGCGAAGGAGGACCCAGGCUCUGAUGUCGAGAGGAAAAAGUGGAAUCGCACUCGGGGCAGCCAGAUGUUCCUGAAGAGCAGUUCUCCUGCCAGGAUGGCUAUCCCUUUCUCCAAACUCGAGGCCAAGACCUCCUCCUCCUCUCUUUCUUCCUCUUCAACCCCUCCCACCACGACUACUUGCUCAACUACAUCAACAUCACCCAUCAUAACGCCGACACCCACCAGCGAAGAAUUCUUUCUGACCAACGCGGUGUUCAAGCCCUAA